UUUAUGCGUAAAAAUUUCCUUACAAUCCCCUCUGUCAGUGAAGACUGAAGAGUAAUGGCGCUUCCGAGAGCAUGUUUGGCGAGGAUUUUGUCACAUCGUAAUCCAAUGUUUUUGUCACUCUCACCACUUACAAUGCACGCCAACUACCUCUCUCAUUCUCAAACGCACUCUCUCACACUCUCUGCUUCGCUUUCUACUUCCGAGGCCCCUUCUUCACACGAGCCUCACUUUCGCAGGAAACCCAUGUGCUUGUACCACUCCCAGGGAAAGUGCACUAAGAUGGAUGAUCCUAUCCACCUUGAGACGUUUAACCAUGAUUGCUUCAGGGAGCUUCUAGUGAACACCGCUGAGUUGAACAAAAUACGCUCUCAGGAUCUAGACUUUUUCCUUGUGCUUGAUUUAGAGGGUAGGGUUGAGAUUCUUGAGUUUCCAGUUCUAAUGAUUAGUGCGAAAACAUUGCAAGUUGAAGACAUUUUCCACAGGUUUGUGAGGCCCUCAAAAAUGAGUGAACGAAGAAUAAAUGAAUAUGUUGAAGGAAAAUAUGGAAAAUUUGGAGUUCACAGAGUUUGGCAUGACACAGCCAUACCAUUUACGGAUGUUAUUCAACAAUUUGGAACUUGGUUAAUGCGACAUCAAUUGUGGAUGGGUGAGAAACUUAUUCGUGCAGCAUUUGUAACAUGUGGAAAUUGGGAUUUGAAAACAAAGGUCCCUCAGCAAUGUGAAGUGUCAAAGAUAGAGCUUCCUCCAUAUUUUAUGGAGUGGAUUAAUCUCAAAGAUGUCUAUCUGAACUUUUAUGAUAGGAGGGCCACAGGAAUGGUUACAAUGAUGAAGGAACUACAAAUACCAAUGGUGGGAAGUCAUCAUCUUGGCAUUGAUGACACUAGGAACAUAGCAAGAGUACUGCAGCACAUGCUACUAGAUGGUGCACUCGUCCAGAUUACUGCAAGGAGGAAUCCUAGAUCUCUUAGAGAUGUCAAGUUUCUUUUCAAGAACCGUAUUGGAUAGUGUACUUCUCAAUGGACUAUGUAACUUUUUCUAAUACUUUUAAUCGUGGAAUUAGUUAACUCAAUGAACAGAUUAUAGAUUAUAAUUUCAUAACCCUAGCCCAUUCCAUUUUGAGUUUCUAAUAAAUUUAAUCAAUAUGUUA